GACUUAAUCAGUGCCAUGAAACUUCCGGAUUCUGAGCCACUUGCACACGAUGAGUACUGGGUUAUAGCUGAUCAGUGGAAGCAGGAGUGGGAGCGUGGCGUUCAAGUUCCUGUCAAUCCCGAUUCCCUCCCAGAACCAUCCGUUCGCUUCAUCCAGAGCUCCAGCAUCUACAAGGGAAGAUCCGACUUUAAACUACCCAAGAACAAAUACAUCCGGAUAACGAAGGAUGAGAGUUUUUCGUCUGAUCUUCAUUACUUAUCAAAUGCACCGGCAAUGGCUGAUGCUGCGUGUUCUUAUGACUUGGAUCAGUGCGAUGAGGCGUGGCUCAAGCUGAUGAAUGGUGAGAGGGUUCAGUGUGGCCUGUCUCCCGUGACUGAGGAGCAGUUUGAGCGCGUCGUGGAGGAGCUGGAGACUCGCUGCUGGGACAAAAUACAAGCAAUCAUGAAGAGUGAAGAGGGUCUGGGCAUCGAAUAUGAUGAGAAUGUUAUUUGUGAUGUUUGCCGAUCGCCUGAUUCGGAGGAAGCGAACGAAAUGGUGUUUUGUGAUAACUGCAACAUUUGUGUGCAUCAGGCUUGCUACGGAAUAACCGUGAUUCCACCAGGUCAGUGGAUGUGCCGCACCUGCAAUGUGGGCCAGAGGCCAGAUUGUGUUCUGUGUCCCAACAAAGGUGGUGCCAUGAAAUCCACGAGAUCGGGUCAGAAGUGGGCACAUGUUUCGUGUGCCCUGUGGAUACCGGAAGUGAGCAUUGGAUCGGUGGAUAGGAUGGAGCCAAUCACAAAAAUUUCGAGCAUUCCGCAGAGUCGAUGGGCACUGCUGUGUGUGCUGUGCCGGGAGCGCGUUGGGGCGUGUAUUCAGUGUUCAGUGAAGACGUGCAAGACAGCCUAUCAUGUGACAUGUGCUUUUCAGCAUGGACUUGAGAUGCGUGCCAUCAUUGAAGAUGAGCAUGCUGAGGAUGGGGUUAAAUUGAGAUCGUACUGUCUCAAACAUAGUAUGAAUAAGAGUAAGAGGGACAAAAGUGGUAAUUCAUGUGGGGGUAAUAAUGCCAAUGCAUCUGGUAGUGAAGAUGAUGAUGUGAAGAGGAAGAAACAGAGGAAGGAUAUGACGACUGAAGAGAGGAAUCAGGCAAGGAUUCAGCGAUUGCAGGAGGUUGAGGCGGAUUUUGACAAGCAUGUUAAUGUCAAAGAUAUCAGUUGUCAUUUGUUAGAGGUGGAUCAGGAGGGGAUUCAUGGAAUCUACAAUUAUUGGAUACUCAAAAGAAAAUCAAUGAACAAUCGACCAUUGCUACCGCCAAAAUCUGAAGAUGUUGAUAUGGCGAGUCAUAAGCAAGGUCAGGCUGAUGUUGAGAAGAUGAAGAUGUUUGUGCAUCUGAGGCAGGAUUUGGAGAGAGUGAGAAAUUUAUGCUACAUGGUUAGCAGGAGAGAAAAAUUGUCCAGAUCAUUCUUUAAGAUGCGCGAACAAACAUUCCAUAAGCAGGUGACAUUGCUGACGGAUAUGAAAGUGAAGAAGGUGGAUGAAUCCAUGGUGCAGGCAGUUCUUCAGGCCAAUCAUGGUCCAUCGAUUUACGAUCGAUUGUACUCAGCUAGGCAGGUGACUGUUCCGAAUCAGGAGAAAUGGGAUCAACUGGUGCAGCGUCUAGCUGAAUGUGUUAACAUGGAAGUGGAUGAGGUUAAGGCCAAGAAUACAGAUCUCAAUGGGGUGAAUCAGAAGAGGCAUCAGAAGUCGACGAAGAAAACGGUAUUCAAUGGAGCAGCUGCCAGGAGGGCAUCAACAUAUGUCAGCAGCCUAAGUAGUGACAGUGAAUCGUCCACAGGACGAAUGAUCAGGGAGAUAUCGUCGGUGAAGAAGACGCCAAAGACAGCUGAAGGAACAAAAAUUGAUCGACGGAAAAGGCGUGUCAAUAGCUCCGCUGCGGCCAAGAGUAAGAAUCUCGUGGAUACGAGCAGUGAAGAAGAUGAUGGUGGACAGGAAAAGCAGAGAUCUCCGAGGAAUCGUACCCUAAGACAAAUGGCCAGGGAGAUGUCCAAUGACAAGAGUCGUCUGUCGUCAAAUAGUGAUGAAAGUGAUGAACUUCUGCCGAUUCGCAAUAGUAGUGGUCAGGAGGCACGUGGAAAGAUGUCAGCUAUUUAUUCAGACAGUGACAGCACAGAUAAGGACAAAACGGACAAUGGGGCAAGUGAUUCGCAGCAGCAUGUGGUGAGAACGAAGGCGGCAAUGAAGGAAUUUGUGCCGCAAAAGAGCACAAAGGCCACAGUGGACUCAAAGAGUUCGGAUGCACCUGUACAUAAGACCAGAGAGAAGAAGGGUGGUAAAACUGCCAAGCAGGAUACCAGCAAUAAGACCAACAACAGUAAGAGUGUGAGCAAUAAGAAGACCUUCAAUACCGACUUAUUGGUGGUACCACAGAGGCAGGCGGCUAAGAAGGCUUCGGAAAAUAUGAAGUCAACAGCUCAGACUGCUCCAGCAGGAGUUGCAAAGAAGGAAAUGCCACCAUCAAAGGGGGCACCAGCACCAGCAGCAGCUGAGGCUGAAGUGAAAGAGAGACGGGAUUCACUGAUGAGUCCCAGCAAGGAGAAGGUAUCCAAGGGUAAACCUCCGAAAUCAUCGCAAACCUCGACAACGCCCAAAGGCAAGGAGAAGAGUGCUGAGGCUGAGAAUCGGGAACUGCUGGAGAAGUUGGCGUACGUGCCACAGAGGCAGGCAGCUAAGAAGGCAGCUGAACACAUCAAGAGUGGUCUGGGAAAACCAACAGAAGCUCCAGCAGCAGCAGCUGCAGCGCCUCCUGCAGAAGAACAGUCUAAACCGACAAAAAGUCAAACAGCUCCAGCAACGAAAAAAUCUGUGGAUGACACCAAGAAAAAUGCAACACCUGUUGUCAUCUCGAGCAGUUCAAGUUCAUACACUGGAAGCAGUUCUUCGUCAUCUUCGACGUCUUCAUCGUCAUCUGACACGGAAGAAGAAGUGACAAAGACAACAUCAUCAAAGAAGUCCACCGCACCUCCGCCGCCGAAAGAAACAAAAGCCGGUCCGGUGAAUAACAGAACCAGAGACUUGCCCUUUCUUGACAAGGACACCAAGUCUCUGCGUUCCGUUAGUACGAGCGAUUCAAGUGGAACGGAAUCGGAGAGUAGCGAUGAAAGCAGUGAAUCCACCAGCAACAAUAACAAUCGCAACAGCACCAAAAAGGCGACAACUGGACGUCGGGUUGUCGCAGAAGGGAAGCUUAAAACUUCCGGACUGGGACGACCGGGAACGUCCAGUGGUGGUGCGGUCCCGGCCAAAGAUGAUGCUUCACGUUCAGGAACCACCAAGGUUGCUGCACGUGGCAGUAAGAGGACGAGUGUGUCAGGUGAUCGGAGACGAAGUGCUGACGGCGACAAACAGGGAGCUCCUGAUAAGAUUCCGGAGUCGUCAGGAGGAGAAGUCACCCCAGCAGCAGCAGCAGCCGUCACCGCUUCCGCCGCCACAACUGCUGCCAGUAAUCAGCGUCGAAGAAAGUCCAGUGGUGAGACUACAAAAUUGUCUCAGAAGUCACAGGAAUCUGCCCCAAUCCCAACAACAGCCAAGAGCCCGCCCAAGACCGUCAAGUCCGAUGAACUUCCAGCUGAGAAGCGGAAGGUGCACGAGAAGGUAAAUGCCACAUCAACCACCAAAGAGUCUCCUCAGGCUGGCAAGAAAACAGCCACAGCGGCAGCGGCGACGGCGACGGCGACGGCGGUUGUGGAAUCUCCGAGAAAAGUGAGUGAGAGACGAAAGUCCAGGACUCCCAGUGAGGAGAACAAAGAGCCACAGUUUAAGAGUCCCGAAAGGAAAUCCGUUAGAGAUCCACCACCUAAACCAUCACCGAAUCGAGAGGAGAACAUCACAACAAAUGCCAAGAGUAGGAGUGUUACGCCAACAAAGAGGGACACUCCAUCGCCAAUGAAGAGACCACCAAGUAGUGGUGCAACUGAUGAGAUUCCAGUGGUUCUGUCGCCCUACAAUAAGCAACAGACACUGCCGGAAACUAAAACCGAGACAGAAAGUGAUGUGAUUGCGAGAGAAAGUGAAAAUCGGCCGGCUAGUGCAAUGGAUAAACCAGUACAGAAGAGUAUCUUCUCACCACUUCCACAGACCCCAGCACCACCUCCAACUAGUGCCAAAAGCCAAAAGGAUCCGUGUGCAUUCUUUGAUUUUACCGAUGAUCUCCUGCCAGGGGUCACAGAAACCAUCAAUGAUGAUAGUUUCAGUGUACAACCAGAUGCCACGGAAAAUCUGAGAUCUGUGGGUUUGGGAGUGCCAUUCUCACAUACCACGGAUAUUCUGUUUAAGGAGGAUUACAAGGAGGACAGUGAAAAGGAGACAAUGAAUCUGGUGGUGAAGUUGAGGCAGAAAUAUAAGAGGACCCAUUCAACGGCUUCGUCAGCACCUUCGGAAUCUGGAAAUCAAGAGCAGAAGGUGGCACAGAUGCAGGAAUCUCCCGAAAUUGUUGAGAACAAGGUCAAUAACACAGUGUCUCCGCAAAAUCUGGAUAUGUCCAGUAAGCGAUUGACUCCAGAAGUGGAGAAAUUGUCUGUGGACACAACAAAUUUCCAACCGAGUAAAUUCGAUAUGGUUGUGGCAUCGAGUGGAGAACCGUCGCAGCAGCCGAUGCCCAAGGUAUCAGCUGAAAGUGGCGGUGUAAUUGAUCAUACAGUGCCACUUCCAGUGGAUGAUCGAUGGAUACCACCAUCGGAAUUGCCAUCCACAAAUGUCACGCAUCACAGUCAGAUGAUGUUUGAUCCCAAGGUGAUGCCACAGAAUAUGGCUCAGGCCACAAUGGAGGAGAUUGUGUCACAGAGUCUGGUGGCAUCUGGUGGCAAUACGGCGGAUUUCUUGAAGCAAAUUCAGGAGAGGAUGGAAUAUCAGACAAAUCAUUUGGCUGCACAGCAGCAACAGCUGCAUCAGCAACAAUCGGUGAUAACAUCGGAUUCUGGUGGGAUGCAUCAGCAGCAAAGUGGAGGGCAGACGGCUAAGCCGAUGACACCACAUCACAAAGGGGGAAUGGAGUAUGAUGAUAAUUCUAGCAUACAGAGCCCGUAUUCGGUGCAUCCGUCAAAUUGGGUUGAGAGUGAUAUGAUGCCAAAUCGAAGAUCGGUAUCAUCAUCACCGGCCAGUAGUGGAUCAGAGAGUCAUGAUCCUAAGGCCAGAUUGACGCCACAGCCGCCGGAGAAUGUGAUGGGGAAUCAGAUGAAUGUUCAUCAUCAUCAGAGUCAUAGGAAUCUCCUGUCGGAUAUGCCAACUUUUAUGAAUAUGCAACAUACGGGAAUUCAACCAUUUCCGGCUGUUUCUCAAGCUCCUCCACCUACGCACAAUUCUGCCCUCAUGGACAGCAUGAUGCCACCGUUCAACUAUGCUGAGGCUACGGGAGGAUUUACGGGACCAGUAACACUCUUUCCACCAUCUGGACCGAAUGUUCAGUUACCCUUCCCAUCACCAGGUGCUGCAAUGUUUCCACCGGCUUUUGGGCAGUCCUUUACACCGGCUCCUACAAGUCAGCAGUCUCUAGGAGGAGGCGGUGGCGGAGUACCGAUGCAGAAGCCCGAGGAUCUUCUGACAGUCACCAACACCAUUCCUUCCUAUCCGUCAAAUCCGUGUGGGGCAGCUUUCACGUCAUCCAGUCAGAAUAUGGCACUAACGGCAGCAAUGGUAUCACCAACUCCUGCUCCCAUCUCAAUAACAUCCCCCCAACCUUCUCAGCAACUUCCACUGCAGCCGGCUAAUCUUUCCCAACCACCUCCUCCACCUGCUCCGGCUGAAACUAUUCCGCCGAAGGGUACACCUGAGGAGGAUGUGAUGAAAUCUCCAGCUAAACCUAAUCGGAAGAGUCAGACAAAAUCUCCCGCCAAAAGUCCAGCCAAGAGUCCUCGGCAGCAGCAGCAGCAACAGCAACAGCAGCAGCAACCCGUGGAUGUCAAUAGACAACUUCCUCCUGCUGUUCCAGCCAGCAAAGUCAUAAAGCAGGAUCCGGCGAAGGUGAGAAAAACGAGAGGUGGUGCAACUCCCGGAAGGGGCAGAGGACGAGGUCGAGGACGAGGAGGAAAGGCAAUGCAUCAUUUUCCGCCACUCGGAGUUCCGGAAUUUGAUUUUAUGACAGGCGGAACGAAUCACAGUAAAUUGGCAGGAACAGUUUAUGAUUUUGACGAUGAAAUUGGAGGUGAAAGUGUGGAAAAUCUCAAGGCGAUGCGAGAUAGAAGAAGAUCUGUUGAUUGUCGAGUGGAGCCAUUUAGGUCAGGAUCAACGAGAGCAGGAGGAGGAGAAGCAACAUCGCCAAAAUUUGCCAGUCCAAAUGCACAUUCCAAACAAAGACCAAUUCCACCGCCAUUCACAACGGCGGACAUCCGGAAUCUCAGGCCACCGAGUCCUGUGAGAACGGAUACAACGGUGGCUCAGGUGACACCAACAACAUCCCUAAGGGACAUUGUACAGCCGGUAUUGCCUGGACCAGUGGAUAUGAGAACAUAUUCAAGUUACGAUUCUUCAUCGGAUGCUUUCAAUAAUCAUCUCCUGAGGGCAUUUGCCAGUGGGACAGCUGAUCAGACCCUGGCGGAUAUUGAUGAGGAGAUGGAGAAGGAACUUCAGUCAGCCCUUAAGGCCAGCAGUACAAAGCCCAAGAGUCCGACGGUUAAACAGCCCGAAAGUCAACCAGUUCCACCUCCGGAAGAAUUAGUUGAAGAUGCCACAAAGUCCAAGGUGAGCUUAUCAGAUUCAAGGAAUCAGCUUAAGCUUAAGAUUAAAGGGCCACUGGCUCAUCCUGAUAACUACAAUACCCAGACUACAGCUGUUAGACCACAAAUUGGUCCAGGAAUUGAUUCAGCUUUCCCUGCCACAUCCACCAAUUGUACCCUGAGUUCUAUGGCAACUCCGGGAAGUUCAAACUUCCAUAGGAUGCGCAAGAAGGAACUUCUGAGGCAGUAUUGCAGUCAGGAUAUGAAUACUGUUGAUGCUCAUGUUGGACUUCCCAGUGAACCUGCAGCAAGUCUCAUGAUUCACAAUACACAGAUGAGCAGAAGUGUUGGCAUACCAAAGGCUGUGGAUUCUAUGAGUUCCAUUCCCACCAAGGAAGAUUACAAAGAUUAUGCCACAUUGGAUCCGAAGAAACGAAAGAAAGUUGGUGGAAUGUCCAGGGAAUUGCGUCAACUUGACAUAUCAACUUAUGAUAUGAACGAUGAUGAUCCGGGAAGGAUGCAAUUUGAUCUGGGUAUUGAUGGUAGUAAUCUGUCAUCCGGAUAUCCGUCUAAGAGACGAAUGAGAGGGAAUAGUAGUACCAAUAGCAAAGAUCUCACUCCAGAAGCAAAUUCUGCUCUGUCCACUCCCAAGCUCAAAAUCAAAAUUGGUCAAGGUGUCAUUGAUGUCAGUCCGUCGGUGGAUAAGAGACUCAGUGGGCGACCACCGAAGAAGCGACUGAGUCAGAAUAUGGCAGUGCCGAGUGUUGAGGACAUUAAGAGGGACUGCAUGAACUUCCGCAAAUUGGUGAUGGCUGACUUUGAGGAGAAGGAAAAGGUGACAAAGCCCAAAAAGGUCAAGCCAUCGAAGGAGGAGAAGCGCAAGAAGAAAAAGGACAAGAAGCACAAAUUUGAGAUUAUCAACAAUGGCAAUAGUGAGGCAGCACCUAAGUUAAUCAUAAGGCUGGGCAAGAGGAAGAGUGAAGAGGGUGGUCAGAUAGCUGAACCUCAGAUUCCGCAGGAUCCAUACGAAUAUGAUCCAAAUGCUGUGGAUCCGUUGGCAAUGGACGAGCCCAGUGAUAAGGCAACGGGCAAGAAGAAAGCUUCGGCCAAUGGGCAGGAGAAGCUCAUAACGCCGAUUCGACUGAAGAUCUCACGGAGCAAUCAGGGAAAGUCGUAUGUGAUGUCGGAGAAGAAGGACGGGGCAGGAGGUCAGGAGGCCAAGAAGACUGACAAGGGUGCUGCUGGUGGAAAUCCCAGUGAUGGUGCUCAACAAAACUGCACAGAUACCAAGGGGAAGAGGACAAAGGAUGUUGAACUGAAUCUCGAUGCUUCCAAAAAGUCCGAGGGUAAUGCAAAGGCUUCAGGGGGAGACUCUGGAAAGGCUGCUGCUGGAAAUGCAAAUGCCAGCGAAGCGAAGAAGGCUGAUGGUGGUGGAAAGGCAGGUGAUAAGGAGUCGAUGGCCAAAGUGGAGGAGAAGUCAAAGAAAGUUGAUUCCAAGGAGACAGAUUCAUCAGCUACCACCAAAGGCUGCCCUACGCUUCCUCUCAACAAAGACUGCGAGGUUAGAUGAUAGCUUCGGCACCGUUGAAGGCGACUUCUUUAGUGUCUUUUGGUUUAGGCAAAAUUGUGGCUGGGCAAAUAUCUAAGGUAACAAAUAAUUAUUUUUUUUACAUUGAUUUCCCUGCUCUCUCUCUCUUCAUAUUUUGCUUCUCUGCAAGUCAGUGUUUUCUUAAGAUUUAAAAAAAAAACGUCUUCAACUGUUUCCUAUUUAUACAGAUUUUUUUAUACAAUGAAUUGUGAGUUAUGGAAUAGAAGAAUGGUGACAAAAUGUAGAUAGUUGAAAGAGUAUGGACAGUGUAAAACAAUACAUAAUUGAUAUUUGAAAUAUUGUAUUGCUAAUUGUAUCCAAAAUAGUGCUCUAUCAAUAGAGAUUAAAGAAAAUAUUUAAAGAAGAAUGGAAAUGAAGUGGAAAAUUGAAGGGCGAAAAAUCAAGCAAAAAAUGUUGAGAGACUUUCAGAGGGAAAAGCUCAUCCACGUAUUGCGAGUUGAUGUGGCAGAAAAAUAGAGAAAUAAAUAAAGAGAGAGAAAGUUAAAUUAACGAUGCGACAGUUCAUGUAUAGAUAGUUUAAAAAAAGCGGAAAAAAUGCUCCUGUAAAUAUUUACUUAUUUUUGCCAAUCAUUCAUGGAUAUUCUCUUUUCAAUUUAGGUUUUUUUCUUCUUUUUUUUUGGCACCUUUCAAACAUGACUGUUGACUAUUUUUAUUUAUUUAAAAUGAAAACAAAAAAAAUUAUUAUUUUCGUGAAAUUGCAAUUGGAAAUGGGACUGUGACAUUUGGGUUGCGUGAAAAGUUCGUGGAGUUGCAUUUAUAAAGAAAUGGUAGAUUUAUGAAAUAUAUUUGUCUAUCAGUUUCAUCUGGUAAUUCUUAUUUAUCUUUCAAGUUAAUUGAAUUUGACGUAUCAGUGCAUUUUUUAACACUUAAUAAAUUAAUAAAAAAAACUAAUGUCCCAGAAAAAA